ACACAUGUUAUUAAUAUUUGUUUUCACCCCAAUAUCUUUCGCCUUUUUUCAACAUCACAAACUCCAGUACUAUUCUGUCUUUUAGCUCAUCUAAUGCACUGAUCUUCAUUCUUUGAAAUUGCUAUUACCAUUUUCUCACUUAGUCUGUUUCUGGCGAAUUGAUGGAUUCUAAUUCCCAAUUCUUUGGAGAAGCUGAAGAAUGUAACAGCAGUGAAUCUGGCUGGACAAUGUACAUUGGUUCUCCUUCCAAUGGUGAGGGUGAUGGUGAGCUGGAAUACAAUGGGGAUUUUGAUGAAUUUGAAGAUCAUAAUAACAAAGAAGCGAUUAAUCGAGACGAUGAUGAGGAUGGUGACACUGAUGAUUCAAUGGCUUCUGAUGCAUCUUCAGGGCCAAGUCACUUUUCAAGAAAUGGGAAGAGUGGUGGUGUAGCUAUGGUUCAUUACAAGAAUCCAAAGGAAAAGGGUAAGGCAAAAGAUUGCAGCUUUACUAAUAAUAAAGCCAAAAAUUCAGUGAAGAAUGGGUACAAGAAUGAUCAAGGUAAGGUGAAAGAGUCUAUGUUUGCUACAAAAGGAACUAAAGGUGCCUCCAAUGGUGGUGGUAAUAAGGUUAGGAAGAGUAUUUGGAUGGGCAAAGGGAAGUAAAAGUUAGUACCUCUAACUUAGUAAUUCUCACUUUAGAUAGUAUUAGUACUACUACAGUGUAUCUUUCUUUGAUUUCUUCUUUGUUAGAGCACGCAAAAAUUAUCAGGAUAUUUUCAAGUACUAGCAAUAAGCACGUUCUUUUUUAUUUUGCUGUCCUUAUGCUGGUACAAACAUCCGAUGUAAAAGGGUCAAUCAUCAAACAUGUAUUCAGUUGGCUUUAAAGAAGUGCAUUAAUAUUAUCAUCC